CGAGAUGCUGACAGAUUCCUGAUAGAUGUGCAAAAUGGCGCAAGCAUGUUCGACCCCCGCGAGCCUCCAAUUGUUGUAGCUCGGAACAUGAAGAGCUAGUUAACUGCUUUCUUUCGUCUCGCUUUGUUUUUUCCAAGCCUCAUAGUAUUUUCUAAGUGCUUAAAUGGCUACCAGAAGGUGCUGCUUACUUUCAUGCUUACUUGGAUUACUCCUGAACGCUUUAGUCGGUGUGACCUCUGGGGCCGAGCUGUCCUUCACCCUGGAGCCCAGUGACAUCAUCGCCGUGCAGGAGCAGCCCCUCAUGCUGCACUGCCAGGUGAACGGCGUCCCGCCCAUCACCACGCAGUGGAGGCGGAACGGCCUCCUCCUGUCGGAGGGCCGCAACCACGCCACGUUCGCCAACGGCUCGCUGCUGAUCGGCCGCUUCCAGCAGACCAAGCCCGACGGCUCCUCGGACGAGGGGGACUACGAGUGCGUGGCCCAGAACUCCUUCGGCCUGGUGGUGAGCCGCAAGGCCCGGGUGCAGGCUGCCACCAUGGCGGAGUUCCACGUGCAGCCGCAGUCGGUGCGGGCGGAGGAGGCCGGCGUGUGCCGCUUCCAGUGCCAGAUCCACGGCCUCCCCGAGCCCGUCAUCAGCUGGGAGAAGGACGGCCGGGCCGUGGACACGGCGGACGAGAGGUACACGCUCCUGCCCACGGGGGUCCUCCAGAUCACGGGCCUGCGCUUGGAGGACAGCGGCGUCUUCUGCUGCGUGGCGCACAACAGCGCAGGCGUCAAGCACAGCGCCGAGGCCAGCCUCGCCGUCUCAGGCUCUCAAUCCUCUGUUUACAAGGAGCCCAUGAUCCUGGUGGGUCCCGAAAACCUCACGCUCACCGUUCACCAGACCGCCAUUUUGGAAUGUGUAGCCACUGGAUACCCGCGCCCGAUCGUCUCCUGGAGCAGGCUAGACGGCAGGCCCAUCGGCGUGGAGGGGAUCCAGGUGCUGGGCACGGGGAACCUGAUGAUCUCGGACGUCAGGGUGCAGCACUCCGGCGUCUACGUCUGCGCGGCCAACAAGCCCGGGACGCGCGUGCGCAGGACCGCGCAGGGGCGGCUGGUGGUGCAAGCCCCCGCAGAGUUCAUCCAGCCCCCUCAGUCCAUCGCCCGCCCGGUUGGCACCACCGCCAUCUUCACCUGCCUGGCGCAGGGCGAACCCGUGCCUCAGCUCACCUGGCUGAAGAACGGGCAGAUCCUGGAGCCGGGAGGUCACGUCAAACUCAGGAACAACAACAGCACGCUGACCAUCUACGGCGUCAGCCAGGAGGACGAGGCCAUCUACCAGUGCAUCGCGGAGAACAGCGCGGGCUCCACCCAGGCCAGCGCCCGCCUGACGGUGCUGUGGGCCGACGGCCUCCCCGGCGUCCCCGCCUCCGUCCGCGCCGCCGCCCUCUCCCCCACCGCCAUCCAGGUGUCCUGGAAGGAGCCUGUCCAGAACACGCAGGACAUCAUCGGAUACGUCCUCCACAUCCGCAGAACCGCAGACCCGAUAGAGAUGGAGUACCAGGAGGCGGUCAGUAAGAGCACCCUGCAGCAGGUGGUGAGCGAGCUGGAGCCCUCCACCAGCUACACCUUCUACGUGAAGGCCUACACCUCCCGCGGAGCCAGCAAGCCCUCCGAGACGGCGGAGGAGAGCACCCUGGGGGAGGUGCCCGCGCCGCCGUCCCUCUUCGCCAGGCUGGUGAACAGCACCGCGGUCCAGGCGGCCUGGGAGCCGUCGGGGAAGCCGGGCCAGCACGACGGCUACAAGCUGUACUACCGCACGGUGCACUCGGCCCAGUUCACCGGACCCCUCACCUUCACCCGCAACGUCACGCAGCACAACAUCACGCAGCUGGACCCCACCCUGGUGUACGAAGUGAAGGUGCUGGCCUUCAACCAGCACGGCGACGGCAACGCCACCACACGCUUCGUCUCCAUGAAGGAGGCCAUGGAGAGAUCAGUGCUGAGCCCGCCCUGCGACUGCGUGAAGGAGGAGCCUGGCAAGGGCACCACGGGCAUCAUCAUCGGCAUCCACAUCGGCGUCACCUGCAUCAUCUUCUGCGUGCUCUUCCUCAUGUUCGGCUACAGGGGGAGGUUGAUGACCUGUAAGAAUGUGCAGGACCAGCUGGCCAUGCCACAGGUGGCACACAGUAUGCCCCUGGAAGACCCCUCCCCCUCCCAGGGUGCCCUGGCCCUCAACCUAGUGGCCCUGCCCAGUGGUGAGGGCAGAGGGGAUAUUGCAGGACAGACGGGGGGUGCAGACACUGAGCUGGAGAGACUCUUUCCAGGCCCCCCCAAUGGAGAUGGACGAGGUCGGACACUCAAGACGGAGGUCACUCAAGCCUCCUCAUCGCUGGAUGAGACACAGAUGUCCACACUACCCUUGGAUGAGUUCAGCAUUGUGGAGGAGGGGGAGACGCAGUUCCGGGAGCUGCCAGCAGAGGGCAAGGGUGGUGGCGGGCAGCGAGAUGACGUGUGAUUGCCAAGCCUGAGAAGCUCUCUCGCACUCAUAAGGUGCUCCACUCUGACUCUUCUCAUACUCAGGUCAACCGAAGUAUUUCAAUGCCGUUUUUUUUCUUUUUCUUUUGGACUUUAUUUUUUUGCAAAGAUUUAUUACUGGUAAAUUAAGUACCCUUUCGAAAAAGUCGAGUCAUUCAAGCUGACAUUUUGGUGGGUUUUUUAUUAUAAAUAGCUACGCUCUUAGUAUCAGGAGUGAACGAAGUGAUUUUCCUGCAGUUUUUUGUUGUAUUAUUUUGGUACUUCUUAAUCUUCCUUGAUUUUCUAUACGACCAGCUGCCGGCAGCACAGAAUAAGGCCGCAGAGUGUCCUUGCUUUUUUUAAAACAGCAUUAGUUUUUUAUUUUUUAUCUUGUGGACUUGUGUUUCUAUGAAAUAUCUCACAAUUGUCCUCCAGUCUGUUAGUUUUGUUUUGAUUCUCCAAGACAAAUCAGUCACACCUGCCUGCACUCGUCUUAACCGAUGAUUUCAACAACCUCGCCGCAAGAGACAAAAAGGCCUUCUUCCAGGGAUUUGAUAUAUACUCUGUCUCAGGACUUUUUUUGUUUUCAAUGAUAUCAGUAAUUUCUUAACGAAGUUCUCAUUCUAAACGCAGGCCAAUUAACAGACUCGGCUACACGAACCCAACAUAAACCUACCUCAGCCGGAAUGAAUGUCUUUGUGGGAAGCGUUGUGGGUCUGUGUCUUCCCGUUGUGUUCAGUUAUGUUAGAAGUCAAGCGAUCAGCUGGGGGGGGGGGGGGGGGGGGG